AUGAGUGACGCCCAAGACAUUAUUUCUUCUAAUUUGCAGACAAAUUCACUUCAAGAAUAUAUUGAAAUGAUCAACACGGGCGAAGGGUACGAAGCAAAUCAGGCUGCUAAUAAUAAUGAAUCCGAUGAAUCACUCAUAUCAAUUGAAGAAGAAGAAGACAGUUAUUCCAUUCUUGAUAUAAUCUCUUCUUCGGCAAUAAACUUAGUGUUACCUUUCAUAAACGGAUUAAUGCUUGGGUUUGGUGAAAUUGUCGCUCAUGAAAUUGGAUUCAAAUACGGUUGGUAUGGCGCUAAGGUUGAACCAAAACAAAGAAUGUUGAGAGGUAGAUUGCAAAUCGAACAGGCUAUAGCGCGGGCUUCUAGAGGUAGCGAACAGGAAAGCAAGUGGCUAUGA